AGAACAGCCGUGGGAGGUGUGACAGGCUGUGACCCGUGCGAGGGGCAGGCUUGGGGGCAGUCACGGGCGGUCACAGGAAAAAUCGUGUUUGGCGUGGUUUGCAUGGGUGGUGGCAGUCUCCGAAGUGGUCGAGCUGGGUUGCUGACGGUCCUUGCUCCCAUCCACCAUUCACCCUAUUAGCCUACUAUUUACUGGAGUCCACCCUACUGUAGUAGUUCGGGGCAAUCUUCUCUAUCUUCGCCCUCAAAAUUUUGCUUUCCUUGCAGAAAACUCGCCAUAUUACGACCUGCUCAUAGUUACCCUCAAGCUUUGGACUCCGGCUCUCCAGGGUCUUCGCCGUAUCGUUCGGAUACUUCUUGCUUUUGCACUUACUUCGGCACUUCGCUAUCCCAACAUUCAGUAAUUCAUAAUCCUGACCCUCCAGUACAAAGGCUAUAAUGUCUCUUUCGGCCUCCGACAACACCGGCUCCUUUUCCAGAGUCUCAUCUGGCAAGACCCCUCCUCCUGCGCCAUCUGCUGCCUAUGCCAAGCGGGCUAGAGAGUUGGAAGCAGAGGAGCGGAUUGGAGCCCGAUACCGGCCACCUGCGCUGCGCGCUUUGGCUACAGGCGGAUCCCCACCUAACGAACAUCCCCCCUCGACUACUACCGCAGGGGAUAAUGCCUCCUUGCCUCCUACCAACUAUCCGGCGGGAUUUAGGAGGGCGAGGGCAGGGACCUUACCCUCCAACGUUCAGCUCGCUGCUCAGCGAUUUGCGGCAGCUUCAAGCAAUUUAGGCAGCCCUGCCGACAAUUUCGACCAGGUGCAACGACAGUCUCUUAUUGCACCUACUCCUAGUCCUGCCACGACGGUCAGACCCGUUUUACGUCAUUCGACCUCUGUCGCUUCCACGGUGGCCUCUUCAGCUUUGACCGAGAGAAACAGUCGUCUUCGCUCUGGUUCAUUGACGCUCCCUACUGGCGGAUUAUCCAAUGCAUUCGGCCCUUCCAUCUUCUCUUCUUCUUGGCUGUCCUCCAGGAACAAUGGUGGCUUGCCAGUGUUGGAUGACCUUCAUUCAGUUGCUUCAGUCGAUUCGGGUGCUGAUGACUUUGAUGUUCACACCCUGGAUUACCUCGGUUUGGACGAAACGCUUCGCCACCCUCCUGCGGCUACUAUUACUGAGCUGCGCAACCAAGCUCAGGCAGCGAUCGCGGGUAACUUGGCUAACCAUCCUCUGCGCUCGCGAGCUAGCACCGUCUCCCACCCCUACCGUCUCGGAUCAUCUGCGGCAGGGUCAUUGCUCGCUACGCCUAAUGCCGAAGAAGAGGAAGAACUAUACAAUAACGAUAUCUAUGGCGGCCAGGGCAUGGACUCUUAUGACGAUACUGGUUCCGGUGGGAACUACUUGUCUGCUGGCUACGUCGCGAAAGGAUUCAAGCACGGUGACCACCUGUCGGUGGGUGGUCUUGGUUCCAGACCUCGCGCCAUAUCCGUUGGCAACCUCGACGACCCCGCUCGUGCUCUUCACAGACGUCUUACCGAGGUUCCUCAGGGACCAUAUGCGAGUGAUCUGUCCAUCGGUUUAGGCGCUAAUGGAAUUCUGAGGUCGGACAAGUUGACAAACAACCGCGGCGUCACAUCUCCUACCGUGCAUUUUCCUGGUUCAGAGUUGGGAGGCAGUCGGGCUUCACCAUAUCUCGCUGCUCCCGGAAACGGCCCUAACCGUUCCGUCUCACCCAAGUCAGAGAACGCGUCAACGCAAAUGCAAACCCCCACAAGAUCAUUGUGGAUCGGCAAUCUUGACAGCUCCGUUACCAGCGAACAGCUCAUCCAUGUGUUUGCUCCUUACGGUGCCAUCGAGAGUUUGAGGUUGCUUCCGGAGAAGGAAUGUGGCUUUGUCAAUUUCGUUGAUCAGGCUGAUGCCAUCCGCGCAAAGGACGAUGUGCUCAACCGUCUUGGUGGUGACAUUGGCAUGCCCAAUGGCCAGACCGUGCGUAUCGGAUUCGGCAAGGCAGACAGCGCCCCAGUCGCUCCAGCGAAAGGCACAAACUUGAACAGCUCUGGACCUACUUCACCUGGUGGUCCCCUCGGUAAGGGCGGAGCGGCUAAUGCUGGUUUAGCUGGCAUGGAUGCUCAACUGCAAUCCACUCCCACUCGUGCGCUUUGGAUUGGUUCCAUUCCUUCGACAACAACGCCGGCAACUAUUUUAAGUGUAUUUAGUCCCUAUGGACCUAUUGAGUCGGCUCGAGUGCUUACCCACAAGAAUUGUGGCUUCAUCAACUUUGAGCGUCUUGACGAUGCUGUCAGAGCUCGCAAGGCUUUGAACGGCCGUGAUGUACUAGGAAGUGACGUCGGCGCCAUUCGUAUUGGAUUUGCCAAGGUGCCAGUCAAGAAUGGACAAGAAGGAGCAGCUCAAGACGAGAGCACGCCUGUCGCGGUUCAGGGCGUCGGUGAUCUUAGUGUCGGUGCGACUAUUCACGCACUUCGUAACGUCAAGGGUGCAUCCACCAUUCCAGUUGACCAGCAAGUGCUUAGCGGGAACGUGGAGAACUAUAGGUCUAACUUGCUCCUACACAUGAUUGCCUCCGGUCUUCACAACAACUCUUUCGACGUGAGCAAGGUUCCCGGAUGGACUGCCGCCGUCACGGAGCAGCAGAUGAUUAUGAAGGAACUCAGUGGCGGAAGCCCCGAUGCUGAGGCUGAUAUACAAGCUCUUGCUGAGUUCCGACCUCCCACGAUGUACUACACCACCAUUCCUCUGGUGUCUGAACGAACUCAUAAUCGUCGCUGGGACGCUUCCAAGCUGCGUGAGUUGCGCAAGAAGCUCGAUGCGUCCACCAUCACUACCGAAGAGAUUGACAACAUUGCCGCUGAUUUCCUUGAUGGUGAGAUUGUUGACCUUGCUUCUGACUGGCUUGGCAAUACAGUUGUCCAGAAGUUGUUCGAGAAGUGUUCGCCGGGGCCUAGGCUUGCCAUGCUUGAACGUAUCGCCCCUCAUCUUGCUAUGAUCGGUAUUCACAAGAACGGUACUUGGGCAGCCCAGAAGAUUAUUGAAUGUGUCUCAACGCCCGAGGAGAUUGCACUUGUCACUCAGCAUAUUCGCCCUUACGUCCCUCCUUUACUUUUGGACCAGUUUGGCAACUAUGUCGUCCAGUGCUGCCUGCGAUUCGGUGCUCCUUCCACCGACUUUUUGUUCGAGGCUAUGGCGGACCGUCUUUGGGAGGUUGCUCAGGGCCGUUUCGGCGCACGUAGUAUGAGGGCUUGCUUGGAGAGUUCUCACAUCACUCUGAGCCAGCAGCGCCGUAUCGCCACUGCAAUCAUUUUGAACUCAAUUCCUCUGGCGACCAACCCGAAUGGUGCAUUGUUGUUGACUUGGUUGCUGGAUACCUCCAGCUUCCCCUCAAGAUACAGCUUGUUGGCUCCACGGUUCACACCUCAUCUUUCGCACUUGUGCACUCACAAGUUGGCAUCCUUGACUGUUUUGAGGAUUGUCAACCAGAAAGUGGAACCUGAGGCUUCCAAGCAGGUUAUUGAGGCGUUGUUCUCAUCACCAGGUGACCAUGUCCUCACUGAUGUUUUGGGUGAUCAAGUCAACGGUGUGGCUGUCGUUCACAAGAUCUUGACCAGCCCCUUCGUAGACCCCGCCGACCGACCACGCUAUGUUGAUGCUACCAAACGCGUGUUGAUCGAGCUGAAGGUGAUUGCAACUCAAGCCUACCGUCGUCUGAUUGAGGAGGUUGGUCUCCCUGUUCCCAACUUGCAGCCCACCUAUUCGACGACGAACAUUGCACAACCUACCAAGACAAAGUACACUUCCCAGGCCAACUUCGGUGUUCCUGGUUUGCCAGCCGGAUAUCCGUCCACCGACCAGGGGCUCGCGUCCAUGAUGGCUGCGUUGCAGAUGGGUGGUCAGAACGCCGCAGCGGCUCCUCCGCGCCUGCAAAUCGAUCCGGGUUACAGUGGUCAACAGCAGGCUGGUGGUAACCGUCCCCGCGCUUCGAACCCUCCAUCGGCUUUCUCACCUUCCACCGAUCCUUUCAACCCGUUCGCUUUACGGUCCCCUGAUGUGGGCAGUCCUAGGAAUGGAAACGGUCGCAGAAACGGAGGUGCACCGUUGGCCUCUGCUUCUGCUAGCCCCUCUCAGAUGCCGUUUGGCAGCCAGUCGCCAAGCUUGUCGCAAGCGGCCAACUUACUCCACCAGCCUUCGUAUAAUGGUGUCCCUCCCCCUCAGUCUCUUCCCCCUCAUGUCUACCAGGCGUACAUGUAUCAGCUGUACCAACAAAACCCGCAGAAUGUGGGCUCUUACCACGCUUAGAGAGAGGUUACGUCUCCGAAACGACCACUAUUUCCACCCUUGUCCAUCAUCACGAAUCUUAUCACGUAUUUUCUUUCCCGCGUUUUCCUGGAUAUUGAACUCGAGCCGCGAGGAUACACCACUCCUUCCCAAGAUCCUCGAUCCUUCCUAUCUAUCGCUUUCAGUUCUUGUGACGUCAACGCGUUCGUUCUUGCUGCAUGCGCUGCUGGAACAAUGCGGUUGACUCACUAGUCAUGAUACCCAUCUCGUGUUGCUCUUCAUUGAUAUCACACCCCACAAGUCACGCAUGUAUCUUCCCUUACUCGCACUCGCACGCACGCUCGUUGUUUAUACCUUCAAUCAAUGACUCUGGGUUCAAAAAAUCUGAACGGAACACUUUUCGAGCUCCACCUAUCCCCUCGGACGAUUAUCCUCGUUGUUGUUGUCGCAGUCUGACUGGAAAGGGCGAAAUGUUUGUGGUUGGGUUUUAUGGAGUGGAUCUGCCACUACUUAUGUGUUCUUCUCUCAAGUCUGACUUAGUCUUAUUUCCCUUUGAUACGUCUCUAGUUAAAUGUACAAGUAUACGAUUUGGCUAGUUGUACAGCAUAGCCAAUAAAUCUACCCAUAGAUUUCCUUUCUUUA